AUGAGGGAGGCCGCGGACGGGGGGGAGGUGAGAGAGGAAGGGGAGGAAGAGGAGGAGGAGAAGGUAGCGGAGGAGGGAGAGGAGGGGCAGGGGGGAGAGGAGGAGGAGGAGGGGGAGGAGGAAGAGGAGGAACGUCCAGUUCAGACGGACAUGAGAGGAGAGGGGGGCCUACCCUCACAAGCCAGUGCUGACAUGCAGGAGCUGGAAGGCAUGCUGGAGAAGUGGCAGAGGGAGAAGCCGGUGUUUGAUGGGAAGUACCACAGCAUUCGCUCGGUGAUCUACAGGUUGAGGAAGUCGCUGGAUAGACGCCAGCACAGCGAGAGACAGCGGCAGAGGAUGGAGGAAGGGCAGCUGCUGCAUGCCGAGUUCUUCCCUUCAGGUCAGCAUCCGUCCAGCAUGCAAGCUGUGGAUGGUCCGGGCGAGCUCAGCUUGGAUGGCCGACCAAGGCAUGACAACGACCAUCUUGAGAUUUCAGCUAUUUCGGUGGCGCCAACGAUGGCCGAGGUUCUCUGCAAGGCGUCGCCCUACCUACCACACAACCACCCCAGCGAGCCACACCACCUGCCAGCGGGCUCGGUGGCCCGCCACGUGGACAUUCAAUUCCGCCUGCUCCGCCACGACCUGAUUGCCCCCCUCUGGAGCAAGGCGCUCUUCCUCUUCCACCGCCUCAACCAGGAAUCCUCCUCCCUUCAUGCUCGUGGCGGGAGCAGCAGCGGGAGCAGUGGGAGCGGUGGUGGAAGGGAGGAUGCGAUGGGGCUGUUGAGGGCGGACAGGGAGUUGGUGAGGGGUCUGACGGAUGACAUGAAGGGCGUGGUGGGGUUUUCUUCGGAAGACAUGGACGUGUAUCUGCUGCGGGAUGUGCACGUGCUGUCCAUCAACACAGACAAGAGGAGCGGCGUGUACUUUUUGAUUGACUUCCUUGAGCCUCCCAUGCCGCGGGGCCGGAAUGCCCGGAACAGUUUUAGGGUGGAGUUCUGGGAGAACACACGGAGGCUGCAGAACGGCUCCCUGGUCUGCCUGUGGAUCCGAGACGUCCAGCACAGCCACACUCACCGCACUCGCAGGCAGCAGCAGCUCCCCCCUGCGGGAGGCACUUCAGCGAGCGACUCUUCCUCCCACCGGCUCGUCUUUGCGACUAUCACAGCCCGGGAUACGAAGAGGCUCGCCACUGCCAGGCCGCAGAUUGGGGUGCAGCCGUGCGGGGAGAACGGGUUCAAUGCAGACCUGCUGGAGCUGAUUGCUCAGGACGGCAGUAGGGGCAGAGGCGGGAGUAAGGGCGUACAGGUGGUGAUGUUGGAGGCGCAUGGGAGUUUUUUUGCGUAUGAGCCGAUUCUGAAGGCGCUGCAGAGCAUCACAGACACGUCACUGCCCUUCUCUGAGUACAUCUGUGGGGCAGCUGGCGGAGCACCUGGGGGGGUACCUGGAGGGGCACCUGGGAGGGCACCUGGAGCGUACAAGCUGCCUGCGUACAUCAAAGGUGGCAUGAUGUACGACUUGGGCUUGCUGCUCAAGACCAAGCCUCCCUCUUCCUCCUCUUCCCAGCAGGCAGCGAAUGCUCCAGAGGACGAGUUCGCCAUCAGGAAUGUGAUGAUCUCCAGCCCCACCGCCUUCCCCAUGGAUGCCCUCCUGCGCUGCACGUCGCUGGGCGAACCUCAAUCUGUGGCUCUGCGAGCUGCCCUCACGCAGGAGUUCGCUCUGCUGCAAGGCCCUCCGGGAACUGGCAAGACGUUCGUGGGGAUCAAACUUGUGGAGAUUCUGCUGAGCAAUCCACUCAAGAGCAGCUCGGCAGGUCAUUUUGCUCGAGGCAGGGAGCUGGCGAGUUCCGCGGGGCCCAUCCUGUGCGUGUGCUUCACCAACCACGCUCUGGAUCAGUUUCUGGAAGGCCUCAUCGCAAGCGGCAUCAAGAACGUGGUGCGAGUGGGAGGAAGGAGCAAGUCGGAGGUUCUCCAAGAGUACAACCUUCUCAAUAUCAUCCGAAGCUCGAAUCUGGAUCGCAGCAGAACGUACAGGCAAUCAAGCUACGAGGUGGGAAGCAAGCUAAGGGAGGUGGAGGAGGUGAUAGGCACGUACAGUGACGCCCUGCAGCAGCGCAGCGACAACGUGGCGCCUGUGCCAUGGGGUACUAUCGCCUCCCACCUCAUGGCCAAUCAUCCCGUCUACUUCCAAGCCCUCCGUACUGCCAGCAAGGCAGAUGCUGAUGGUUAUGAGCAAGUGGGGCGAGACAACUGGAAGCGGUGGAAGCAAGGCCUGCCCAAGGAAACCCUUCGCCGCAAGAAAGGUGCUGGUGACACAUGGGGGGAUCAAGGUCAUGUAUCCGGCAGGGGGAAGGGAGGCGGAGGGGGAGGGGGAAGGGCAGGAGUGUCGCCACAGGGAGGGGGAAUGGGAGUAGGGGGAGUGGGGAUAGCAGCUUCUGGACAACAGGCGGGCACACAGAACGCGUUUGAUGCCCUGGGUUUCCUUGGUGAGUUCGAGGUUGGGGAGGGGUGGGUGGGUGCAAGCAGUGCGAGGGACGGCGGAGUGAGUGAGGAGCUGAGCGAAAUGGUGGGCAUGAUGGCUACCUUCUACGAGGAGGAUGGCAGUGGUGGUGGUGGGGAUGGAGAGGCAGGCACCGGCCUUGAUGAUUCGUGGCUAGGCCUUGUGCCUUCAGGCAGAGCGAGAGGGGCAGGAGGAGCAGGAGGAACAGGUGGGGCAGGAGGAGCAGGCGGGGCAGGAGGGGCUGGAGGGGCAGGAGGGUUCCCCAUGGAGCAGGACCUCUCACAUGCGUUCGGUGACUUGGGCUUUCACGACGGCAGGCGAGGCCACGGCAUGAAUCAACCCCAUGGCGGUUCUGACGGCAGGGGAAGCCAAGGCAGCAGCAGGGGGAAGAAAGGCAUCAAGCAGGGGCACGGGAGCAAGGGGAAGGAGGAGGAGGUGGUGGAGGAGGAGGUGUGGACGGGUCCGGAGGUGGAUGAGAGAAGUGACAGAGGGGUGGAGGAGCUGUUAGGGUUGGAGGACCCGUGGGCGACGAGUGGACAGGAGAGGAGGAAGCUGGUGGAUUUCUGGGUGGGGGAGCUGCGCGCCACUGCCACUGCUGCCAUUGAGGCCGAGGUGGCGAAUUACUCCAGGAAGGUGAGGGAGCGCAGUGAGUUGCAGCAGGUGGAGGAUCUGCAGGUGCUGAGGAGGGCGCAGGUGGUGGGCAUGACCACGUCUGGGGUGGCCAAGAUGCAGCGCCUCAUCACAGCACUCGGCCCGCGAGUUGUCAUCGUGGAGGAGGCUGCUGAGGUGCUGGAGGCCCACAUUCUCACCUCGCUCACUCCUCAGACACAGCAUGUCAUUCUUAUAGGCGACCACAAGCAGCUGCGGCCCAAGGUGGAGGUGUACGAGCUGAGCAAGGACUCCCACAAGGGCUUCGACCUGGACGUCUCUCUCUUUGAGCGCCUCGCCCUCUCCCGGCAGAUCCCCGUGUACACCCUCGCCACGCAGCGCCGCAUGCGCCCCGAGAUUGCUGACCUCAUCCGCUACACCAUCUACCCGGAUCUCCGAGAUCACCCCUUUGUCCAAGGCUACCCAGACGUGAGGGGCAUGGCGGCGAAUCUCCAUUUCUGGGACCACAACUUCCCUGAGACAGGAGGGGACGACCUGAGGGAGGGCAAGUCCAAGUCCAACGCGGGCGAGGCAGCCAUGGUGGUCGCCCUCGCCACGUACCUCCUGCAGCAGGGGUACACGGGAGGCGAAAUCACCAUCCUCACGCCCUAUGUCGGGCAGCUGCUGAAGCUGCGCCAGGCGCUUUCUCAGGUGGUGAAUGUGCGCCUGGGGGAGGGCGAUGCAGAGGUGGUGGAGGAGGCAGAGGAGAAGGUGGCUACCAGGGAAGGUGCAGCUGGGGGGGAGGCGGCUGGGGGCGGGGAGGCGGCGGGGAGUUCUGUGGGGAAGGGGAAGGGACUGGGGCUGGAGUUUGCUGCGCCGAAGGCGUUUACGGCGAAUCUGAAGGAUGCAGUUCGGCUGGCCACUGUUGACAAGGAAAAGGGGGGGGGAGAGGGGCAGGGAAAAGGGCUGGAGGAAAGGGCAUGGAAAAGGGCUGGGGGAAAGGGCAGGGAAAAGGGCUGGGGGAAAGGGCAGGGAAAAGGGCUGGGGGUGGAGUUUGCUGGAUUUGAUCUGAAGGAUGCAGUUCCGCUGGCCUCUGUGGACAAUUUCCAGGGCGAGGAGAGCACGGUGAUCAUCAUCUCGCUCGUACGGAACAACGGGGAUGGCAAGAUCGGGUUCCUUAAGAGCCCCAACCGCACCAACGUGCUGCUCUCCCGCGCCAAGCAUGGCAUGUACAUCAUUGGCAACGCCAGCACCAUGUGCGCAGCUACCUCCAAGUCGGUCCUCUGGCCCAGGAUAAUGGACAUGCUGGAGAGCAAGGGGCGCGUUCAGAAGUUCAUUCCGCUGCGCUGUGUGAACCACCCCGACACGGUGACGCAUAUUGAGAGAGCGGGGGAGUUCAAGGAGAAGGCCAGUGAGGGCGGAUGCUCCCAGAUGUGCGGCUUCCGACUCACUCCCUGCGGCCACACCUGCCCUCGCAGGGCGCACGCCAAUGCGUUCUGCCCCAAGGAGUGCAACCGCAUUCGCCCGCUGGAGGAGUGUCCGCACCAGCACACGUGCCCCAAGCAGUGUGGCGAGGACUGUGGGCCCUGCCUCGUCACCAUCCGGGCACUCACACUCCCCUGCGGCCAUCAGGCCUUCAAUGUGCCCUGCUUCAAGGCUCAGAAGCCCACUUCCAUUUUCUGCUCUUUUAUGGUGGAGGUCACGAUGCCGCUGUGCGGGCACAAGCAGACAAUCAAGUGUGGUGAGGCCGCCACCAGAGUAGCCAACCCCAAGCACUGCACCGCUCGCUGCGGGGUCUUCCUCUCAGACUCCUGCGGCCACACCUGCAUCUCUCCCUGUGGUCACUGCAUCGUUGCUCCAGCUACUACUACCACCAACCAGGGGCGUGGCUUGCAGCACCUGCCGCAGCAGCAGCAGCAGCAGCAGCAGCAGCAGCAGCAGCAGCAGCAGCAGCUGGAGAAGCUGGAGAAAAACCACAAGAAGUGCUCGCAGCCAUGCAAUCGCCCGCUCCCCUGCGCGCACCUCUGCCCGGACCCCUGCCACCGCGGCACCCCCUGCAAGCCCUGCAUCAAAAAGUGUCUCGUGGCCUGCCAGCACAGCUCUUGCCCCCAACCCUGCCACCGAACCUGCGCGCCCUGCGCCGAGCCUUGCGGGUGGCACUGCAAGCACCAGGGCCGGUGCUCGCUCCCCUGCGGCGCCCCCUGCGACCGCCUCCCGUGCGAGCAGCGGUGCGAGAAAAAACUCAAAUGCGGCCACCAGUGCCCGUCCCUCUGUUCCGAGAAAUGCCCUCCGAAGGGGUUCUGCACGGUUGAAGGGUGUGGGGAGGAGGAGAAGAGGGAUAUGACGGUGGAUCUAGUCACUCUGGAGACGCUAGGGGAGAUAGAUCCGGAUGAGAGCCCUGUGCUGGUGCUGCCGUGCGGGCAUGCUUACACUGUGGAGACUCUGGACGGCCACCUGGGUCUGAACCAGGUUUACCAAGAGUCAGAAGAAGAUGAUGAUGAGUCUGCUGGUGGCAGCAGUGCUGCUGGAUGCGGGGCUGGAGGCGGGGUGGGAGGUGGGGCUGAAGGUGGGGCAGGAGGUGCAUCGGAAGCUGCUGCAGGUGAGUGGGUGGCAGUGCGGCCGUUCGACGAUGGCGGUCUGUCCGCCCUCAAGGGCUGCCCCGAGUGCCGCCAACCAAUCACAGGCCUCCGCCGGUACGGCCGGAUGGUGAACAAGGCGCUGCUGGACGAAUCAGAGCGCAAGUUCGCCCUCAGCUGCCUGGCAGACCAGCAGCAGCUCCAGACAAAGCUGUCCAGGCUGAGCCAAGCUAUAUCUGCCUGCCCUGAGGCUGCUCAACCCAGGCAGUUGCAGGAGCUGGCUAAAGCUGCGACUUCACUGGUCGUGCAGGCAAGCAAGGUGCGAGUGACGGCUAUGGAUCCGCCCACCCAGCAGACCUACCAGGCUUCUGUGGCCGCGCUGCAGAGAAAGCACCUGCAGCUGGGUGCAUCGUCAUCCGGCGCAGAUUCACCUGCAGAUUCACCUGAAGAUUCUGCAGGUCCAGGUGCCGUUUCAUCAUCAGCCUCAGCGUGGGAGGAGGAGUGCCAGCUGCUAUAUGUCCCCCAGCCAGACCCCCGGCCCCUCUGUGAAGCGCUCAUGAUGCUGGGGAAGGCCUACCAGCUUCUCAUGUCUGCCAAUUUCUUCCAGCUGCGCUGCCUGCUGAAAGGUGUCCGCGAUUUGGCUGGUCAAAAUGCUGGUCAGACUGUUAAAACCAGCACGGGUAGGGCGGAGUUUUUGGCGCGGAGGGUGAAGAAUUGCAGGGAGGUUGUGUGUAAGGUGCUGGGGAGUGCAGAGAGGCAUGUGGGGGAGGCUGUGGAGUGGGCUGGCAAGCGCAAGGCACAUCGGCUGGAGGCGAGGGGGAGGCUGGAGAUGGUUGAUUUGUUCUGUGCGUUCGUGGAAGGGAUGAUGGCGGAACGCCUGCUGUCUACUUCCCCUGCUGGCCUGUCCGUCAAAGCAGCAGCAAAGUACCUGGCCUCAUAUGCACCGUGGUGGUUUACAUGGCAGGAUGAGUCAAAGAAGCAGCAGCUAGAGUAUCUCGAGAAGGCCAAGAUUCAGUGCCACAUGGUGGCGACACACCAUCUGGCGUCAGUCAGAGAGAACGACAGGCUUGGGGGGAGUGCAAGGAGUAUGCUCGAGAAAGACUUGCAUGAUCUGGAGCAAUCUGUUCGCGACGACCCGCGCUACUUUGAUGUGACUGAGCGCGAGAAGGCCGACAUUUUCAAGGCAGUGGGCUUGGAAGGGAAUCACUGGUACCGGUGCCGCAAUGGGCAUGUGUAUGCGAUUGGGGAGUGUGGUGGGGCAAUGCAGGAGUCGCGCUGCCCUGAGUGUGGGGAGGUUGUCGGUGGGACGAGCCACAGGCUUCGAGAAGGUAACACCCCGGCCACUGGUUUUUUCAACGGAGUUUGA